UCGCUGCCUGCAAUAUGAUAGAAGUAGUUGACUAUAUCAUUCUCUCUCACCCACAUUCUUUUGUGUGAUUCGCAAACCCAACUUUUACACUCGUUUUCAAAGUACAUACAAUACACAUUCCUUUUUCACAAUGUUGCUCAUCCCAACAAUACUCUCCUGCCUCUCCCUGACCCAGGCGGCCAACAUCUUCGUUUCCCCCAAGGGCGUCGCGACCCCGGACGGCAGCCAAGCCAAGCCCUUCUCCGACAUCCAAGCCGACGUCAUCAUCCUCCGCGGCGGCACCUACGACCUCCUCAAGAACAUCAACAUCACCGUCAACGGCACCGCCGCCGCCCCCAUCACACUGCACGCUGCCAAGGAUGAGGAGGUCAUUAUCGACGGCGAGGGUCUGCCGGAUACGCCCGCGGCCGUCGGCGCCUCCGUACCCGGCCGGAACCGCGGCGUGCUCCACGUCGAGCGCGUGCAGUACUGGAACUUAUCUCGUCUUACCUUCGCCCACGGAGUGUAUGGUGUGUAUGUGAAGGAUUCGAGCAACUUGCGCUUCAACCAGAUCUUCACUCGUGAAAACUACGAGAGCGGUUUCCACAUGCAGGGUGCCCUGUCUAAUAACGUUAUCUCCUACCUUGACUCGUAUGGUAACCGCGACCCGAGAAACAAUGGCGAGAACGCCGAUGGUCUGGCUAUCAAGGAGGGCAAGGGUGAAGGCAACAUUGUUGUUGGCAGCAGAUUCUGGGAUAACUCUGACGAUGGUGUCGACUUCUGGGAGUUCCACUCCAAGUUGACCAUCAAGGACAGCAUCGCGUGGGGCAACGGCUUCAACCGCUGGAACAUCCCCGACUUCACAGGCAACGGCAACGGCUUCAAGCUAGGCGGCGGCAGCGCAGGCGACAUCCUCCCCGCCGCCCACGACGUCAUCAACUGCAUCGCCUUCGGCAACAAGGCCAACGGCUUCACCGACAACUCCCAGACGGGCGCCUUCGCCAUCGAGGACAACACCUCGUGGAUGAACGGCAAGUCCGGCUUCCGCAGCGUCAACGCCACCUACUUUGGCCAGGCGACGAUGCGCGAGCGCCAGACGUCUAUUGGCAACUCGUGGGAUGUCGCUGGCGCCGCGCUGACGAACGCGCGCUUCAAGAGCGUUGAUAUCGGUCUUGUUUCUGGUGCGCGUGGCAAGAAUGGAAAGAUUGUGCCGAGCGACUUCUUGGUACUUGUUAAUGGUGCUAAGAUGGGUGCUACCACCAACUGGAAAUAAGCAGAGCUUGUUCCGAUGGGCUUUUCUCUCUGGGGGGAUGAAGUUCGUCUGACAGUUGCGGGCUUUCGUAGUUCUUAGGAACCCAGAUAUCAAGCCGUUUUACUUUUUGCAACCUUGACGAAAUGGUGGGCGUUCUCGUGAUCACUGUUGGUCCAUGUCAUUUCAUAGACCAAGCGGGUCCAGGAACUCCCAUCCCCCUUUCGUGACCUGUCUCAACUGUAAAG